AUGGAUGAUGCCCUAGCGUUUGCCCCCAUCGCCGAACUCGCCACCCUGAUCCGCCGCGGCGAACUCUCCCCGCUCGAACUCACCGAUCUCUACCUAGAGCGCAUCGAGCACUACGAUCCGGCGCUCAACGCCUAUCUCGCCGUCACGGCCGAGCGGGCGCGCGCCCAAGCCCGCGCUGCCGAAGCGCAAAUCGCGGCCGGCACCUAUCUCGGCCCCUUGCACGGCAUUCCCCUCGCCUUUAAGGAUCUCGUGGAUGUCGCGGACCUGCCCACCACCGGCGGCUCGACCCUGCUGCGCGACAACAUCGCCGCAGCCGACGCCACGGUUGCCCGCCGCCUCUUUGCCGCGGGCGUCGUACUCUUGGGCAAAACCCAGCUUGUGGAAUUCGCUUUUGGCGGCACCGGUGUCAACCAUCACUACGGCACCCCGGUCAACCCCUGGGAUCCCGAAAUCCACCGCCUGCCGGGCGGGUCGUCCUCUGGCUCGGGCGUGGCUGUGGCGGCUGGACUGGCAGCGGCCGCCCUCGGCUCGGAUACCGGCGGCUCAGUGCGGAUUCCCUCGUCCUUUUGCGGCCUUACCGGCCUCAAACCCACCUUUGGCCUGCUCCCCAACACCGGCGUCUUGCCCCUCGACCCCGACCCUCGACAGCAUUGGGCCUUUCCGGCCCUUUGCGACCUGCCCGAUGGUUCGAUUGUGGAUCAUUUGGAAGGCGAGGUCGCCGGCCUCCGGCUCUGCUUCCCGCGCGAGUUUUUCUGGGACGAGGUCGAUGCGGAGGUCGAAGCCGCGGUGCGCGCCUCGGCGCGCGUUUUCGCCGACCUCGGCGUCUAUGUCGAUGAAAUAUCGCUCGAUGUGCUCGACGAUCUAGCCGAAUGGCGCAGCGGGCCUAGCACCACGGCCGUCGAAGCCUAUCUCUAUCAUCGGCACAACCUCGAAGCGCACCUCGAUCAGUUCGACCCCAUUGUCUCGGCGCGCAUCCUCGACGGCCGCGAUACCCUCGCCGCGGACUUCCUCCGGCAGCUUAGAGCGCGCGACGAGCUGCGCCGCAAAGCCCGCAUGGCCCUCGAAAACAUCGAUCGCGACGAUGUCUAUUUCCCCAUCAAUGGCCUCUGCCUGCGCAACACCAUCGCCGUCAAUCUCCUCGAUCUGUGCGCCGUCUCCCUGCCCUGCGGGUUUACGCAUGAUGGCUUGCCCAUCGGCUUGCAGCUCAUCGGCCACCCCCGCGACGAGGCGCGGCUGCUGCGCCUCGCCCGCGCCUUUGAGCAAGCUACCGACUACAAUCUCCUCACGCCCGCGCUCGACGAUUUCGCCUAG